AUGAGAAAGAGCAAAGAGAAAGCAACAGUUAUGGCCAAGAAAAAAGGGAAAGCAAUAGGUAAUGGGAAAGCAGCUUUAAUACUGGCUGCUACUCAAGUUCCUCCUCAACCUCCUAGGUUGCCUGAGCGUGUCGAGGAAUGUCAUGAUGAUGAUGAUUACAUUCCUGAUGGGGACAUGAUUGAAGAGUUGGAUGCAAAUGAAGAAAUAAAUGAUGAAGAAAUGAAUGGUGCAGUGCAAAAUCAUGAGGAUACAAUGAAUGAGGAUCAGAUGAAUGAUGAACUUGGAAUUGAUCCAAGACAGAGCAAUGGCCCAGAACCAACCCUUAAAGCCCCUGUUGAUGCAAAUGGAAAAGUGAUUGUUAGGUGCAAAAGAGGAAUGUUUCUUGAUUAUGAGGUCAGUCACAAAGCUGUUGCUAUCAUGCGCCAAUUUUUUAAUGGUCCGUGGUUGUCAUGGAGGGAGGUCCCUACACAUGCUAAAGUUGGAAUGUGGAACAAAUUUGAGGAGAUACACACAAUUCUUCCAGGACAAUUGCAUCAUGUGCAUGAAGUUUGGAACAAGCAUUGUCAGCGACGAUUGACAACCUCAUUAGGGAAGGUCAGAAGCCAAAAGCUUCUGAAAGCAAAAGGAGAUUUAAACAAAGCCCGUGAUAAACCCCCUAAUUGGAUCUCUAGAGAAAAUUGGAAUAAGCUAAUUGAUAUUUGGAUCUCUCCAAAAUGGAAGAAGAAAUCAGAAGCCAACAAAAAUAAUAGAAACACCAUGAAGAACGGUAGCAUCUCUAAACACUGUGGAGGAUCAAUCACAUUUGUGAAUCAUGACGAACGAUUGGUACAUAUCUUUAUUCAAUUAGAUUUCUAUAAUAAUUUUUAUAUUAUUGUUCAGUCAUCUUAAAUUAGCCCAUUAUAUGUUAAUGAAUUUUUUCUUUUCUCUUUUGUAGAAAUUAAAGUUAGGCAGGGAGCCAACAAUAGUUGAAUCUUUUAAUCG